AUACAAAGAGCACCGAGUCCGAGAGAAGGGCGACAAAACUCAAAUUCCGUGGUUUAUUUGAAAAACUUGGGUGGGCUAGGGUUCCUAUUUGGUUUCCCAGAAGCAGGCUUCUAAAGAGCUCUCCCUCAAAUCUCUGCAAUUUCCAUCGAACAAUCGAAGAUCUCAAAGACCAACCACGCCAUGUACGGAUCCAGAGGGGCAAUGUUGGGAAGCGGGGGGGUUUCGGACGGGUACGAGGUCGGCUCAAAGAGACAAAGAAUGAUGGAAUCAAAUCCCUACUUCGCAGUGAGCAGCGGUAUGAGCAGCUAUCAACCUUACAGUUAUGGUGGUGGCUUCCAGCCACCUGCCUUUCCUGUGGUACGUCUCAGGGGUCUCCCUUUCAACUGCACUGAUAUUGACAUUUUCAAAUUCUUUGCUGGACUGGACAUUGUGGAUGUUUUGCUGGUCAACAAGAAUGGAAGGUUCUCUGGAGAGGCCUUUGUUCUCUUUGCGGGGUCCAUGCAGGUUGAGUUUGCUUUGCAAAGAGAUCGACAAAACAUGGGACGCCGCUAUGUGGAAGUAUUUAGGUGCAAGAGGCAGGAUUAUUACCAUGCCGUGGCUGCAGAGGUGAAUUAUGAAGGAAUUUAUGAUAAUGAUUUCCAUGGAAGUCCCCCACCAUCUCGAGCAAAGAGGUACAAUGAUAAGGACCAAAUGGAAUACACUGAGAUACUGAAGAUGCGUGGUCUUCCCUUCUCAGUGAAGAAACCUGAAAUUGUUGAAUUCUUUGGAGACUUCAAGAUUGUGGAGGAUAGGAUACACAUUGCAUGCCGCCCUGAUGGAAAAGCUACUGGAGAGGCAUAUGUGGAGUUUGCUUCUGUGGAGGAGGCAAAAAGAGCAAUGUGCAAGGACAAGAUGACGAUAGGGUCCCGGUAUGUGGAACUGUUUCCUUCAACACCAGAUGAAGCUCGACGGGCUGAAUCAAGAUCAAGGCAGUGAAUAGGCACUGUGAUAUGGGAUUUGAUGCGUAGUCUUGAUUUGUAUGUGUUUUUCCAGCAGGCUAUGCAUGUUUCCCAAGAUUUCUUGGAUAACCGUCCUAUGUGAUGCUCGUAAAUCUCCUAUUAGGUUAAAUGAUUAGGAUGCUAUCAAUGUACUAUCUUCCUUUUUAAAUGUCUGAAUUUUGGUAUCAAGGAUAAAAAUAUUCAGAUAAGAAAAUGUAGACGUUACCUUUCAAUUGCA